GUGGUUGUUCAGAGGGACUGGGCAGUGCCUGUGGCUCAGUCACACUUGGCAUUGCCUUCAUGAAGGUCAAAUCUUGUGGCUCCUGCCGGGAGGCCAGGACAGAUGACUGGUGCUGGGGGACUGGCUUUUGGAGACGUGCUAGGGCUUGUCUGGCCUCUGCCUCCCUGUCUUCCCAGGUUUAGAGGUUCUUUAGGGUUGGGUCUAAUACCCCUCUGCCUUCCAGGGGCUGUGGAGCACAGAGCAGGGGCCCAAGAAAUCUUUGCGAGUUCUUCCUGGAACUCAACCAGAGGCUUUUGUACUCCAUCCCUUGGGCACACCCAGUAGGAACCAAUUUCCUUUGCAAACUUUGAGUGGCCUUUCUGGACAGUGGGGGCUCCUGAGGAUUGCCUCAAUAGCUCAGAACUAGGGCUGGUGGCUGGGCUUAGGUUGCUGCCUGACUUGGCCUGGACCUUACAUAUAGUAGUUGGAGGGGAGGAAUUAGCCUGAUUCCUGACUGCUCCAGAGAGGGGAGAUGAUUCCAGGUUUUCACAUGUGGACACUGAGGCACAGGCUAAUGCUCAGAGAACUCAUAGGGAGUCAGGUGGGAUAGAUGUGGGGCCCUAGAGCCCCCGCACACCAUCUCUCCAUCCCAUGACUCAUUUCAUUCAGUCACUCAUUCAGUCAUUCGACCAUCCUUUUGUAGGUGCCGGCCCUGGGCCAGGCAUGGUGCUAGGCGAAACCAGCCCUUGGCCUCCUCUGAGCUGCAGUCUGGGAGGAGAGACAGACAGGAAAGCAUUGACACAGUGGCCAGCAUAAUAAUAGAAAUGCUGCAGAGGCAGCUCAAAGGAAGGUGGUAUUAGCACAGAGUGAGUAUGUAGUGGGUGGUCAGUGUGUUUCCUAGAAGAGGAAGGACUAGAAGAAUCAGCGACAGGGAGUCCAGAGGCCCGAGUUCUGGUCCUGGCUCUGUCUCGGGCAAGUGACUGGGCUUCCCAGCCUCAGGAGGCAGCUUCAAUGGAGCGAAAGGAAUGCCAGGACCCUGCCCAGACAGACAUGGGCCAGCCUCAGCACCGAGAGCCAGCACACAGAUAGCAGAGCCAUCGCGGGAUUGAACCAUGAUUCCAGUGACAGAGCUCCGCUACUUCGCGGACACGCAGCCCGCCUACCGGAUCCUGAAGCCGUGGUGGGACGUGUUCACUGACUACAUCUCCAUCGUCAUGUUGAUGAUCGCGGUCUUUGGAGGCACGCUGCAGGUCACCCAGGACAAGAUGAUCUGCCUGCCUUGCAAGUGGGUCACCAAGGACUCCUGCAACGACUCAUUCCGGGGCUGGGCUGCUUCUGGCCCAGAGCCCACGUACCCAAACUCCACGAUCCUGCCAACCCCUGAGGCAGGCCCCACGGGCAUCAAGUACGAUCUGGACCGGCACCAGUACAAUUAUGUGGACGCCGUGUGCUAUGAGAACCGCCUGCACUGGUUCGCCAAGUACUUCCCCUACCUGGUGCUUCUGCACACGCUCAUCUUCCUGGCCUGCAGCAACUUCUGGUUUAAGUUCCCACGCACCAGCUCGAAGCUGGAGCACUUUGUGUCUAUCCUGCUCAAGUGCUUUGACUCCCCCUGGACCACGCGGGCCCUGUCGGAGACAGUGGUAGAGGAGAGCGACCCCAAGCCGGCCUUCAGCAAGAUGAAUGGCUCCAUGGACAAGAAGUCAUCGACGGUCAGCGAGGAUGUGGAGGCCACCGUGCCCAUGCUGCAGCGGACCAAGUCCCGUAUCGAGCAGGGCAUCGUGGACCGCUCGGAGACAGGUGUGCUGGAUAAGAAGGAGGGGGAGCAGGCCAAGGCACUGUUUGAGAAGGUGAAGAAGUUUCGGACCCACGUGGAGGAGGGGGACAUCGUGUACCGUCUCUACAUGCGGCAGACCAUCAUCAAGGUGAUCAAGUUCAUCCUCAUCAUCUGCUACACCGUCUACUACGUGCACAACAUCAAGUUCGACGUGGACUGCACCGUGGACAUCGAGAGCCUGACAGGCUACCGCACCUACCGGUGUGCCCACCCACUGGCCACUCUCUUCAAGAUCCUGGCGUCCUUCUACAUCAGCCUGGUCAUCUUCUACGGCCUCAUCUGCAUGUACACGCUGUGGUGGAUGCUGCGGCGCUCGCUCAAGAAGUACUCGUUCGAGUCGAUCCGGGAGGAGAGCAGCUACAGUGACAUCCCUGACGUCAAGAACGACUUCGCCUUCAUGCUGCAUCUCAUCGACCAGUACGACCCACUCUACUCAAAGCGCUUCGCCGUCUUCCUGUCAGAGGUGAGUGAGAACAAGCUGCGGCAGCUGAACCUCAACAACGAGUGGACACUGGACAAGCUGCGGCAGCGGCUCACCAAGAACGCACAGGACAAGCUGGAGCUGCACCUGUUCAUGCUCAGCGGCAUCCCCGACACUGUGUUUGACCUGGUGGAGCUGGAGGUUCUGAAGCUGGAGCUGAUCCCCGACGUGACCAUCCCACCCAGCAUCGCCCAGCUCACGGGCCUCAAGGAGCUGUGGCUGUACCACACGGCGGCCAAGAUCGAGGCGCCCGCCCUGGCCUUCCUGCGCGAGAACCUGCGCGCCCUGCACAUCAAGUUCACGGACAUCAAGGAGAUCCCGCUGUGGAUCUACAGCCUGAAGACCCUGGAGGAACUGCACCUGACAGGCAACCUGAGCGCGGAGAACAACCGCUACAUUGUGAUUGACGGGCUGCGCGAGCUCAAGCGCCUCAAGGUGCUGCGGCUCAAGAGCAACCUGAGCAAGCUGCCGCAGGUGGUCACCGACGUGGGCGUGCACCUGCAGAAGCUGUCCAUCAACAACGAGGGCACCAAGCUCAUCGUCCUCAACAGCCUCAAGAAGAUGGUGAAUCUGACCGAGCUGGAGCUGAUCCGCUGUGACCUGGAGCGCAUCCCCCACUCCAUCUUCAGCCUCCACAACCUGCAGGAGAUCGACCUCAAGGACAACAACCUCAAGACCAUCGAGGAGAUCAUCAGCUUCCAGCACCUGCACCGUCUCACCUGCCUUAAGCUGUGGUACAACCACAUCGCCUACAUCCCCAUCCAGAUCGGCAACCUCACCAACCUUGAGCGCCUCUAUCUGAACCGCAACAAGAUCGAGAAGAUCCCCACCCAGCUCUUCUACUGCCGCAAGCUGCGCUACCUGGACCUCAGCCACAACAACCUCACCCUCCUCCCCGCCGACAUUGGCCUCCUGCAGAACCUCCAGAAUCUGGCCGUCACGGCCAACCGGAUUGAGGUGCUCCCCCCAGAGCUUUUUCAGUGCCGGAAGCUGCGGACCCUGCACCUGGGCAACAACGUGCUGCAGUCACUGCCCUCACGGGUGGGCGAGCUGACCAACCUGACCCAGAUUGAGCUGCGGGGCAACCGGCUGGAGUGCCUGCCCGUGGAGCUGGGCGAGUGCCCGCUGCUGAAGCGCAGCGGCCUGGUGGUGGAGGAGGACCUGUUCAACACGCUGCCGCCCGAAGUGAAGGACCGGCUGUGGCGGGCGGACAAGGAGCAGGCCUGAGCCCCGGCGGGUCCUCGGCCCGCGGACCCAGAAACCCCAGGACAACCAGCCGGGCUGAGCGACAGGACAGUACCUGAGGGGCUGGCCCCUUUUCCCUCCGAGACUCCUGGCCCCCAGGGCGGGCGCCUGUGGGGACGUGAGAGACCUGUGGUCUGUCUCAGAGCGCAGUAUUUGGACAAUCAGGGCCUCCUCCCUGGAGGCUGUGUCUGCCCCAGAGGCUGAGCUGACAUCGGAGGUCCCGGGAUACUUUCUUAGCUCUUGGUAUUUAUUUUCUCCACCUCCCGCCCCCUCCCUCCAGGUAACUUAUACAUUCCCGAGAAAGCUCAGCUCAGAUGGGGGUGUUUCAGGAAGGGUAGGCGAUGUUUCCUUUCCCUUUUUAGGGGAUGCUGCCGGCAUUUAGUGCCUCCCCUUCCCCCCGACUGGAGCGGAGCAGUCCAGGGGAACCGGCUGUGGACAGUGCCCUUGUGGUACCAGGCUGGCCUCUGCUGCCAUGGCCUGUGGGAGAAAGGCCACCAGGGGGAAAGGCUAGGCCUGGGGCUUGCCUCAUCAAUUUUAGAUUUUUUUUUUGUAAAGGAUUUUUUUUUUAAGCAUUGAAAAUCGAUGGCUUGGGUAUGAAAAAGAAAAACUUAAAAAAAAAAAAAAGACACUAAAGGCCAGUGAGUGGGGGUCUCAGGGCAGGGUGGCAGCUUCCCUUGAGCAGAGCAGCAGGACGCCGACUUCCUGCCCCUGGAGUGUGGCCAGCAGGAUGUCUUCUGAAUCUGGUGUGACCAUGGUCCAGGAGCUCUGUGUGUUCCUUUCCUCUCCUGGGGCGGGGAUUGUUUUGUUUUGUUUUGUUUUUGCGUCUUGUUUCCUUUCUCCUCCAUGUGUCUUGGCAGGCACUCAUUUCUGUGGCUGUUGGCCAAAGGGAAUGUUCUGGAGCUGCCAAGAAAGGAGGAGAUUCUGGGUUGGCUAAUCCCCGGAUGAACGGUGCUCCAUCCUCCCUGUCCCCCAGUGUCCAGGAGCCGAGAGGAGCUACCUCGCCCGGGCUCAGCUUUCCCACCUCUUGUGUCAUGAGUUUGCCCAAUGCCAGCACCAGCCUCAGUUGCUCACAUCAGCCCUGUCCACACCUGGUCCUUAAGAACAGAUACUUGGAAGUGGGCUCACAGGUGGGGAAGUCACCGCUAGGAGGGCAGUCUCCCCAGGUUUUGGUUCCAGUUUCUGUCCCAGGCGCCUGGCACACACAACCCACUCAGCGCCUGAUGGCAGAACGCCACCUCACUUUAGAUCUGUCACUGAGGUCCCCUCCUUAGAAGUGUCCCCGCCUUAGAUCAAUCCCUCGGACACUAAGGCACCUUUUAGCGUCUCUUGUCUUAAUGAUUAUGUCCACUGUCUGUCCUUGUGUGUUUCUGCGUCGUGUCAUUGGAUGUAAUCUUCAGAAAUAAUGCACACUAGCCUCUGAUAACCGUGCAGCAAUCCGUUACACGUGGGUCUGAACUGGUAGACUCAGUCCAAAUAGCAAAUAAAUCUCAAAGUAACCCUGCAA